AUGCCCUCCCCAGAACUCACCACCGCUUCCGCCGGCGCCCUCUCCCUCCUGACCUCCGUCGGCGGCGUCAUCGGCUACGCCCGCACAGGCUCAGUCCCCUCCAUCGCCGCCGGUCUCUCCGUCGGCGCGCUCUACCUGCUCAGUCUGCUCCGGCUGCGCAACGGCCAGCCCUACGGCGAAGAGCUCGGCCUGCUGGCGUCCACCGUGCUGGGCGGCAGCUCCAUCCCGCGCGCCAUCAAGCUGCGCAAGCCUGUCCCCGUGGGCUUGAGCAUUCUGGCCACGUAUGGCCUCGUGGUGUUUGGAUUGGCGUAUCGGAGCAAGAGAGCGAGUCGGGUGUGA